ACCAUGAAACCCUCAGGCACCCCUGUCCAGAAGCUGUUGUCCAAGACAAUCUAGUUUUCCUUUAUGAAUCUCUUAAGACACUUAUGAAGUUUCUUGUUCUGAAAUUGCUGUACUGCAAUGAAGAAAAGGAGAAAGGUUACUUCAAAUCUUGACGAGAAGAUCCAUCUUGGUUAUAAAGAUUCUUCGGAAGGAAAUGUUGCAGUGGAAUGUGACCAAGUGACCUGUACUCACUCUACAGAGAGACCUACAACUGAAGCUCUGCACUGUUAUCAGGAACUUCCUCCCGCUCCAGAUCAGAGAAAGCUUUUGAGUUCUUUGCAGUAUAAUAAGAAUUUGCUAAAGUAUUUAAAUGAUGAUAGACAGAAACAACCAUCUUUCUGUGAUUUACUUAUCAUAGUAGAAGGAAAAGAAUUUAGUGCACAUAAAGUAGUCGUUGCUGUUGGCAGUAGUUAUUUUCAUGCCUGUUUGAGCAAAAAUCCAAGCACUGAUGUUGUCACUCUGGAUCACGUAACACAUUCAGUUUUUCAGCAUUUGCUUGAAUUUCUUUACACAUCAGAAUUUUUUGUGUACAAAUAUGAAAUACCUCUUGUUUUAGAGGCUGCAAAAUUUUUGGACAUUAUAGAUGCAGUAAAGCUGCUAAAUAAUGAAAAUGUUGCCGCUUUUCAAUCAGAGCUAACUGAAAAGUCAUCACCAGAAGAAACACUAAAUGAAUUAACUGGAAGAUUAUCAAAUAAUCAUCAGUGCAAAUUCUGCAGUAGACAUUUUUGUUACAAAAAGUCUUUAGAAAAUCAUUUGGCUAAAACUCAUAGGUCCCUUUUGUUAGGGAAAAAACAUGGGUUAAAAAUGCUGGAGAGAAGUUUUUCUGCAAGAAGAUCAAAAAGGAAUCGGAAGUGCCCUGUUAAGUUUGAUGACACCAGUGAUGAUGAACAAGAAAGUGGUGAUGGGUCAGACAAUUUGAAUCAAGAAAGUUUUGAUAAGGAAAAGUCAGAUAAAAAUGAUUCUGAGGAUCCUGGAAGUGAAUAUAAUGCUGAAGAAGAUGAACUAGAGGAGGAAAUGUCAGAUGAAUACUCUGACAUUGAAGAACAAAGUGAAAAAGAUAAUGAUGCAGAAGAGGAACCUGAGGCUGGUGAUUCUGUAGGAAGCAUUCACGAGGGGUUAACUCCAGUAGUCAUUCAGAACAGUAACAAAAAAAUAUUGCAAUGUCCUAAAUGUGAUAAAACAUUUGACCGAAUAGGGAAAUACGAAAGCCACACUCGUGUACACACAGGUGAGAAGCCCUUUGAGUGUGAUAUUUGUCACCAGCGUUAUUCGACAAAGUCUAACCUAACUGUUCACAGAAAGAAGCACAGUAAUGAAACAGAAUUUCAUAAGAAGGAGCACAAGUGCCCUUAUUGUAAUAAACUUCAUGCAAGCAAGAAGACUUUAGCCAAGCAUGUUAAGAGAUUUCAUCCUGAAAAUGCACAAGAAUUUAUUUCCAUCAAGAAGACUAAGAGUGAAAGUUGGAAAUGUGAUAUUUGUAAGAAAUCUUUUACAAGAAGGCCACAUUUGGAAGAACAUAUGAUUUUACAUUCUCAAGAUAAACCUUUUAAGUGUACCUAUUGUGAAGAACAUUUUAAAUCAAGGUUUGCACGGUUGAAGCAUCAGGAAAAGUUCCAUCUGGGUCCUUUUCCAUGUGAUAUAUGUGGACGUCAGUUCAAUGACACUGGAAAUUUGAAACGCCACAUAGAAUGUACUCAUGGUGGAAAAAGAAAAUGGACUUGCUUUAUUUGUGGAAAAUCAGUACGAGAAAGAACUACUUUGAAAGAACAUUUGAGAAUCCAUAGUGGAGAAAAGCCUCAUCUUUGUAGUAUUUGUGGACAAAGUUUUCGACAUGGAAGCUCAUACAGGCUUCACUUACGAGUACAUCAUGAUGACAAAAGAUAUGAGUGUGAUGAAUGUGGAAAAACAUUUAUUCGUCAUGACCACCUUACAAAGCACAAAAAAAUACAUUCAGGUGAAAAGGCUCAUCAGUGUGAAGAAUGUGGAAAAUGUUUUGGUCGUAGGGAUCAUCUCACUGUUCAUUACAAAAGUGUGCACCUUGGUGAGAAAGUGUGGCAAAAAUAUAAAGCAACCUUUCAUCAAUGUGAUGUUUGUAAGAAAAUUUUUAAAGGAAAAUCAAGUCUGGAAAUGCAUUUUCGGACACAUUCAGGUGAAAAACCAUACAAGUGUCAAAUUUGCAAUCAAUCUUUUAGAAUUAAAAAAACCUUAACAAAACACCUGGUUAUUCAUUCUGAUGCCCGACCUUUCAACUGUCAGCAUUGUAAUGCAACAUUUAAGCGGAAAGACAAGUUGAAAUACCAUAUUGACCACGUUCAUGGGAUAAAAUCUCCUGAUGAUCCUCUCAGUACUUCUGAGGAAAAACUUGUGUCCUUGCCGGUAGAGUACUCAUCUGAUGAUAAAAUCUUUCAAACAGAAACAAAACAAUAUAUGGACCAGCCCAAAGUUUAUCAACCAGAAGCCAAGACUAUAUUACAGAAUGUAUCUGCUGAAGUGUGUGUUCCGGUAACAUUGGUUCCAGUUCAGAUGCCUGACACUCCGAGUGACCUGGUGCAUCAUACUACCACACUCCCACCAUCUUCUCAUGAGAUUCUGUCACCACAGCCACAGUCAACUGAUUAUCCACGUGCAGCUGAUUUAGCUUUCCUGGAAAAAUAUACUCUUACUCCUCAACCUGCAAAUAUAGUUCAUCCAGUCCGACCUGAACAAAUGCUAGAUCCUAGAGAACAGUCUUACCUUGGAACAUUACUAGGCCUUGAUAACACUACUGCUGUUCAGAAUAUUUCUACUAAUGAGCAUCAUUCAUGAGUAAACAUUCCACAGACUUUAUGAUGGUUAUGUGCUAAAUGGUAGCUAAAACCUGGUGGCUUUUAAGCUAGUAGGGCUGCUAUUUUUUCAUUUUUUGUAGUUUCUCAAGUCCUCAGAACAGUUUCAGAUCAAGAAAACAGUGUGUCUCUGUUGACUGAAUACAUGAAUAUUUGGACAUAAUUUGGCAUAAUAUUCGAAGUAAACAUUUUUGUGAUUUUUUUAAUGGUUAGUGCUAAUUUUUAAUAGGUUCUUGAACUUUUCAGAAUUAGCUACUGACAUUAUGGGGAUUUUUUUUUUUUUUAAUUAUCAGUGGAAAGUUUUAUU